GCAGCAGCAGCCUGGUCCUCCCGCUCCUGCUCCUCCUUCUCUUGGUGGCUUGAGGAUGGAGAGGGAAGGGAGCGAGCCCCGCGGAGGAGGCUGCCAAGGCAGCGCCAGCCCCGGCCGCCCGGAGAGGCCCCAGGGCCAUGAAGCCCGCUCCGGCCAGAGUCUGCCUGCACGAAGCUGAGGAGGAGGAAGAAGAGGAGAAGGAGAAGUGAAAACCCGUUGUCGGUGGUCUGUUAAUCUGCUGCUCUUAAUCCAGCCAACUCCAUGCCCUCCUGGUUCCCUGGGUAAGAGGAAGCGGUGAUGAAGGAAGCAUGAGGGAAGCAAUCUCGAGGUGCCACUGAACUCUCUGCCUUUUCCUGGACCUCCUGUUAUUUGUUGGUACCCGGCGACGAUGACAGGAUCCGGCGCCAAUGCUUCCCGCAAUGCCCACUCCAAGGGCGAGAAAGGGGGCCGCUCCCGGAGCUCCCACGCCCGGACGAUCAGUACUGCCAACAACGGGGGCUCGGAGGAGGAGGACAAGGACGGAGGGGUGGUUUUCCUUGUCAACAAGAGUGGCUUCCCCCUCGACGGGCACACGUGGGAGAGGAUGUGGGGCCACGUGGCCAAGGUGCAUCCGUCCGGCCGGGAGAUGGUCGACACCAUCAGAAACGCUGCCCACCUGGCCAAACCUUCAGUGCCGUCUGUGCCAAACUACAAGGCUUCCAUGACGAUCCCGGAGUGGCUCCAGGCGAUACAGAAUUACAUGAAGAUGCUGCAAUACAAUCACACGGGAACUCAAUUUUUUGAAAUUAGGAAAUCAAGACCUCUAAGUGGGCUAAUGGAAUCGGCAAAAGAAAUGACCAGGGAAUCUUUACCUAUCAAAUGCCUUGAAGCAGUUAUCCUGGGGAUAUAUUUAACCAAUGGGCAACCUUCCGUGGAAAGAUUCCCAAUCAGCUUUAAAUCCCAUUUCUCAGGGAACAAUUUUCAUCAUGUGGUGCUUGGAAUUUAUUUCAAUGGCCGAUAUGGAUCAUUGGGCAUGAGCCGAAGAUCAGAGCUGAUGGACAAACCAUUGAUCUACCGAACUCUGAGUGACCUCAUCUUUGAAUUUGAAGAAUCUUAUAAAAAGUACUUACACUCUGUGAAGAAAGUGAAAAUUGGAUUGUACGUCCCUCAUGAGCCACACAGCUUUCAACCCAUUGAGUGGAAGCAGUUGGUGCUCAACAUGUCAAAGAUGAUGCGGUCAGAGAUCAGGAAGGAGUUGGAAAAAUAUGCCAGGGAUAUGAGAAUGAAGAUUUUGAAGCCUGCAAGUGCCCAUUCACCAGUCAAGCAGAGGUCACGAGGAAAGUCCUUGUCCCCCAGAAGAAGACAAACCAGCCCUCAGAGGCGGGCCUGCCGAAGAGAUAAGUCGCCGGCUGUGCUAGACAAGAAAGGGGGAGACCUCUCUACUCUGAAUGAAGUUGGCUACCAGCUACGCAUCUGACCAGGCUAGAAAUGGAACAAGUUGGCUUCUGGGUGCUCCUUGUCGCACUUUACCCUGUGAUCUGUGAACACAGAGGGAUGGGGAAAGGGGGCUGCAAGUAUUUAUUAUGAAUGUGAAGGUGUUACUUAAGAUUUCACCUAGAACCUAGGAAUCCUAGAAAUGACAGUGGUGGUAUUUUUAUUUUUUACUUUUCAAUUUAUGAAAUGGAAUCAAGGAGAAAAGGACAUUAAAAAGUGGUCUUUUGCCUAUGAUAAUGGUGUUAACCCUCCAAUCAUGUUUAAGUGGGGGAGAUGAUGUGGUGUGUGGCUUGGCUUUUUAAAGUUUGGAUUGAAAUCAUCAUUUUGGUAGUGGCUAAUUUGCAUUGGUUUGGAGCAUUGUGUGAUGUCUGUAGGAUUUAGGAGUGGCAAUGAUGAAAGUAUAUUCCUCUGUGAGUUUUUUUUUAAAAAAAAUUAAGUGCUGGGGUGUGCAGUAGGGGGGCAGAUUCAAGAUUCAAGAAAUGAAUCAUCUUGUAUGGACUUGCUUUCUAUAGCCUCCAUUGAAAAGAAGGGCAAACUUGAAUCAUGUCAAUGGAACCUGGUGCAGAACCCAGAAAACUUUCCCAAGCUCAAACUCAGUGUAAAGGAAAUUGCUGAAAAAGACUUGUGUUUUGGAUCCAGCAUUUAAAGGUGACAUUCAGCAAUAAAAACAGUGUUCCAGAAGUUACACUAGUGGGCUUCUCCCUGUCAAAAUAUCAAUAUUACCUCAAAAAUCUUUACAAUAGAUAUGCAAAACGGACAGUGUUUUAAUUUUAUAACGGAUUUGUAUUGUGUUCCCAGCUUCUCCAGUAGCAGAGCAUUUACUGCACCCUCCCCAGUUCCACUCCAUUCUGCCUUAUUCCUUUUUUUCUGCCCAACUCUGAUGAAGGAUUAAAAAGUUCAUGAUAUGCAAGUGUCUUCUUCAAAGCACUGAAGUCUUAUUAUGUUAGAGAUACAGAAAACUGGUGGAGGUGAAUAGUCUGGUGGUGGAAAAAAAAUGACCGACAUUAAUUAAGUAAAGAUCAGAUUUUUUAUAAUGUUUCAUCACAGGCUUUUAAUCUUCAUGAGCUACAGUUUUUACAAGCACAAGUGGAAUGAUCCAAUGGUUCUGACAUAAUUACUGAAACUCUCAUGUUUAUGUGCAGCUCUGAACAUGCAAAUACAACUCCCCUUUCUUCUGUGCAUCAGGGAGUGCUCUGCACAUCUAAUGGGAAUCCAUUAUGCUUGUGGAAUAUUCUUCAGAAAUGAAAAUAAUAGGUUAACAUGCUUCAGAUCUGCACAGAGUCCAGGGAAGCUUUGGGUCAUUCUGAAGAACUAGAGAUCAUUGGGGGCUUUUUUGUACAGAUUAACAUUGUUGUUACAGUCAAAUUUAUGUAUGGAUCUUCUUAAAAACAAUAACAGAAUCUAUGGGCUUCCCUUAAGAAUGUACUUUUCUUCUUUGUUGUAUGUAUUCUGGUUAUUUGAAAUUGUUAUUUUCAAAUGGAUUGACACUCCAAGUCAAUAAUGUCUUCACAUCUUAUAUUAAGGCCAUCAGACAUUUAGGACUGAUAUUGUUGCCAGUGCAUUUGUAAGAAACAACCAUCUGUAUAGACUGCAUUCAAAUAAAAAGGAAUGAAGGAAUGCAUCCACAGCCAAGAAAAUAUGUACAAUGCAGCAAUGAUAUUGUGCUUUUUUGGAUGAAGGAAAUGUUGAAAGAAAAAACAACACAGGGAGCUGCUAGAGGGGACAGUUUCUGAGUAUUUUUCUGGAUAGAUGUAAUUACAGUUUGCCCUCCAUAUCCACAGAUAUAAACAUCCAUGGCUUGAAAAUAUGUAAAAAAAAUCAAUUUCAAAAAGCAAACCUUGAUUUUGCAAUUUUAUAGAAGGAACACCUUUUAUGCCAUUGUAUAUAAUGAGACUUGAGGAUUCAUGGAUUUGGUAUCCAUAAGUGUCUUGGAACAAAAGCCAGUGGAUACUGGGGGCCCAUUGUAUAACACUUCUGAUCUUUUAAAUAUGGUUAAGAGGCUGAGGCUCCAAUUUGGUAAACCAGGGACUGGAAGUGAUUUUUUUUUUCAUAUUGAGGGUAGUGUUCUUUUUUCUCUUAAUUUUUUUCAAGUCCCACUUUUCCUCUAACAGAGAGAAAAUCAAGGACAAGACAGAGCUUUCAGACACUCAUUUCUUUUUCCCCCUUCCUUCCUAACCAACAGGCUGUAGAGAAAGGAACGUGUACCUUGUGCCAGAGGUCCAACUUUUUUUGUUUGCAGAAUGUUUAUGAUAUCAGAUUGCUUGUGAUUGCUUUAUGAUAUGACUAAGGACUGCAUGAAAUUAGGCUUGUUGUAGGACUGUGACCCUCAGCUCUAGGGUGAUCAAGUCUACUCCCACUUGAGCAGGAAUAAACACCAUUGAUCUCAGUAGGGCUUACUUCUGAGUAGAUGAAUCUAAGAUUAUAUUGUCAUAGACCCCUACACAGGGACUUUAUUUGGAAGUAAAUCCCAAGUAAUUGUGCAUAGGAAAGCUUCCUAAGAACAGGGCAUGCUGGAGUACAGUCCCCUUCCUCUCAGGUUGAUUUUCCAGCUCCUUUCCCUUUUCAUCAUUAAACAGUUUUUUUUAGUUCCAUGUGUUCCAUUAACUAUGUAACAUAUAAUUAAUGAAAGCCAGGUUUCAUCAGUACCCAAAACCUGGGAAAAGUAUUUGUUUGAAUUACAACUCCUAGAUCCCUUCAUGCUGGUUGAAAAAUUUGAAAUUGUAGACCAAAAAUAACUUACCCAGUCUCUCUCAAAAACAUGGGUUAUCAACUUAGUUCGAACCCUAAUUUUAGUAUUUGGUUAACAAGUGAAUCACAGCUUGCAUCAGCGCAUGUUAAAUUUGAAACCAAAAUUAGCGCUCAGAAGAGAAGGACUGGAUGGCAGCUUUUGAACUUGUGGGUUGCUUUCAAUCUCUUAACCAUGGCUAAGAAAAAGAAUCAGUGGUGUUAUAGCUGCAUCUAAUCUAGGGGAUGAUAGCCUGACCUCACAUUUUUAGUAAUGGCCUGGCAAGAUACAGUGUGCCAGCAAUAUGUACACUCUGCUAAGGAGCUGCAGGGAACUUGAAGAAUUUGAAAAUGUUACUUUUUUGGCCCGGAACUCCUAGAUUCCCCCAGCCAGCUUGGCCAUUGGCUCAGGGAUUUUCUGGGCAUGUAACUCCAAAGCUCUGGUUGUACCCUUCUGUAGGCAGUGUGGUUGUGUUCUUGGUAACUUCACCUGCUUUGUGAAAAUUUAAACACAGAUUUACUUAUGCAUUUCUUAAAACAAGUAUACAACACCUACUGGGGGUCAAUUAAUGACAUUUUUUCUUAUCACAGUGAUUUUUUAACCCACACAAAAUUUGGAUGUUUUUAAUUUGGUAAAUGGACUCUGUUUUACAAAACCUCUUGAGUUCUUUGGAGUUACUCAGAAAUCGCUAUCUUUUCUUCUUUUUCUAAAUGUUUCUGAUCCAUUGGAAGCAGCUGGAGCACAAAUUAUUAUGAACUUCACUUAUAUGUUAAGUCUCCUGAAAUUAAGGGGAGUGAUGCAGUAAAAAUGUAACAUUGUAUUUUGCUCUUCAUUCCGAAUUCCUUCUGUAGUCUGAUGCUUUUCUAAAAUGGGUGAAUUAUUUUGUAUUCGGGUGUUGUGUUGUUUUCCUUAAUGUACAGGUGAAUCCUAUUCUAUCGCAACACAUACUUGCAACGUUUGCAGUUAUUUGCAAAAUAUGAAAAAACUGUGAUUUCAGUGACUAGGUUUCUAAUUGCCAUUUUGUCAAAUGCUGUUCUGUUCUGAAUUAAAAAUGUGCAUGAUGUUUUGCUUUUGUCACCAUUUGUAUAUUCAAUGCAGCAUGGAACUUUAAUAAAAUGUCUUGGAAGUCUCUUUUUUUAAAAA